AUGUCGGAUUCCCUGAUUGGACUGGUGGGUGCGGAUUAUGUCCUCAUCGCGGCUGACACCACGACGGCGCGGUCUGUGCUGAAGAUGAAGCUGGACGAUGAUAAGAUUAUGGCGCUGGAUAGCCACAAGCUUCUGGGCGCGGUGGGUCCCGUGGGCGAUCGAGUGCACUUCACCGAGUACGUGCAGCGCAAUCUCAAGCUCUACAAGUUCAGGAACAACCUCACGCUUGGCACGCAUGCCACGGCCAACUUCGUGCGAGGCGAGCUCGCUGACGCGCUGCGCAGUUCCCCCUACCAAGUCAAUCUCCUUCUCGGCGGCGUCGAUGAAGAGGGACCAGCCCUCUACUUCCUCGAUUACCUCGCCAGCAUGGACAAGCUCGAAUACGCCGCCCACGGCUACUGCGCCUACUUCUGCCUCAGCAUCCUCGACAAAUACUACAAGAAGGACUUGACGCUCGAGCAGGGCAUCGACAUCAUCGAGAAGUGCAUCACCGAGCUGCGCGCCCGCUUCAUCAUCAACUCUCCCGAUUUCGUGAUCAAGGUGGUCGACAAGAACGGCACGAGGGUCGUGCGAGGCCUCGGCAGCACGGACGAGUCGAAGGAGAAGGGAAAGGAGAGGGCUUGA